CCAAGCGCCGCCGCCGCCGCAAUCAAUGAGACCAGCGGAUGGCCCGAGCUUCCUUCAGCGAUCCAAUCCGUCGUCAUGCGAUCAUAACACUCAGCGUUUUGUUUGAUACAGGUAGUGGCAUAACUCCAGAUACGAAAUCAUGUCGGGUGCAGUGGGACGUGAAGCUGUCUUCCCAACCCGCCAGUCUCUCGGAUUGAUGAAGAGUAAGCUGAAGGGUGCUGAGACGGGCCACAGCUUGCUGAAGAGAAAAAGUGAGGCUUUGACGAAGCGGUUCCGCGAGAUCACAAGGCGAAUAGACGAAGCCAAGAGAAAGAUGGGCCGUGUUAUGCAAAUUGCAGCCUUUUCUUUAGCUGAAGUCACAUAUGCUGUCGGUGGCGAUAUUGGGUUCCAAAUUCAAGAAUCCGCAAAGCAAGCCCGAUUCCGUGUACGAACAAAACAAGAAAACGUCUCCGGCGUCCUACUCCCUCAGUUCGAGAGCGUCACCGCAGAAAACACAAACGAUUUUGGAUUAACUGGUCUUGGCAAAGGAGGACAACAAGUUCAGAGGUCCCGGGAAACGUAUGCCCGCGCAGUCGAGACCCUUGUUGAGCUUGCCAGUUUGCAAACUGCGUUUGUUAUCCUGGAUGAAGUUAUUAAGGUUGUUAAUAGAAGAGUCAACGCCAUCGAACAUGUCAUUAUACCUCGGACUGAAAACACUAUCAAAUACAUCAAUUCCGAACUAGACGAACUUGACAGGGAAGAAUUUUACCGAUUGAAGAAAGUCUCGAAUAAAAAGCAAAGAGAUACGGUGGCGCAAGAUGCAGAAAUCCUUGCUCAGCGGCAACGCGAAGCCGAGCAGUCCAACGGCAAAGCCGCUAUUGCUUCAACAACUGAACAGGGAACAACUGACGUCCUUGGACAGGAAGAUGAGGAUGUUAUCUUUUGAUUGAAUACCCGUUUUCUGAAUGAUGUGUACAUGUUUUUUUUAAGUCACUAGAACGAAGCCGGGCCAGGAUAUUUGUUCCUCUAAGCUUCCAUAACUACUCUGCAAUAUGCCGCAAGAAGCAACCCUUAUGUCA